CACAACACACAACACACAACACACAACACACAACACACAACAACACACAACACGACAAAAGAUAGCAACACAAUCGCUAGUCACAGUCUCCGACCGACACUGCUCACGCAGUUACAGUUAUGAGCCCAGCUGUCGACUACACACGCUGUAUUCGCUACUGCAUGCCGACGAGCUAUUGACUGCUGUCAACAGGGCUACGUCAUCGUCCCGCUAGGUACCCUACUUUUCCAAGAGCCUCGAGCGCACUGUCCCGUACGAGAGUCAACAUCUGAGAGCUAAGAGAGCCCAAUUCAGGAUGGCUACUACUGAGCUGGAUGGACUGCUUACGAGGAUGACGGUUAUACUUGAUAAGCCUGUGGACUGGGAGGAAUGGAUCUUCCUGCGAAAGGAUAGCGCGGACACGCAUCACCUGUGGUCUAUGGUGAACCCAGACCUCGACGACGCGGCCCUUGAGAAGCUCAAGGAGCCAGCAGCUGUUGAGCCAGAACAGUACCAUGAGGAGACAGAAGAGGACACUGGAGUUGUGCUCAAGGACAUGACAACUGAGGAGUUCCAGCGAUACCAGCGGGCGGAUAGGAACUACGAUCGAGCACUGGCUAGAUACACAAUCAAGAGGAAAGCGUUGAACGACUUUACCCAGGAGAUUGGCCAAACGAUCAGCCGCCGCCAUAUACACCUGAUUCAGAGCGACAAUACUGCGUACGCUCGCUUGAAGAGGCUGAAGAAGCACUUCUGCCCAUCGACUGCCGAAAGGGAGCUACAGCUGAUAGCCGAGUAUCGACAGGUACAGGGUCGACCAAGAAACAGUUGUUGAUCACAGUCUCCGACCGAAACUGCUCACGCAGUUACAGUAGAAACACACUCGACCCCUGUUGAAGUGCUUCGACCCUGCCAACAUAUCAACCUAGGUGAAAUGCUUCGACUCUGCCAACAUAUCAACCCAGGUGAAGACAAUCAUCAGGGCUAAGAUACACACACAUAGCCUGCAGCCAAUCAUCCUUUCCAAGAAGCUUUGGAAUUACAUUGCGCGAGGAAAUGGCAGUUGGGGGGGAAGGACAUUGUAGAAUGGUACAUCUUUUGGAGGAGAUUUUGGCACAUACAGACUUUUCAUCUCAGACUGUGAGAGACAAAAGAAAGACUCGGC